UUCCUUCGCCUGGCGCUCGCCUUAUCCAUUAUUCCUUAGUACUUUCUUUCUCGUGCCCUCGCUCUAUUUCUCUCUCUCUCAGCAUCCCAAAAUCUAACCCUAAUUGCCAGAUCUACCACGCUGUUUCAGGGAGGAGGCAGCAGCUGGGUGGUGGUGUAGUCAUAUUUUUGCUGGUCGUUUGGUGGUUUAUUUGUGGUAGUUUUGAAUAUGAAAUCUGCCAGCAGAAGCCGAAGCAGGAGCAGGAGCCGAAGCAGAAGCAGGAGCCCAAUGGAUCGCAAAAUCCGUACACAACGGUUCUCCUACCGUGAUGCACCAUAUAGGCGGGAGCCACGUCGGGGUUUCAGGUUCUCUGGUUUUAGUCAUUUGCCUGUUUAGCAAUUCUCAUUCUAGCACCUGUUGGCUGGAAGCAAAGAUAUCUGGAUCUGUUUGACUUGGAAUGGAGGCUAAUUACUAUAUUGCAUGGAUGGGUGUUUCAAUAUUCAUGUUUGGAUUGUAGAAAUGAAUUUACACUUCUGUUCAAAGAUGUUUUCCUGUGAUUGCACUGCUACCUUAUCCUAAAAAAGGGGAAGGGGGUAAUGUUGUUCCAUAAUUGUUACUUAAUUGGUGUACACUUGAUGUGGCUGUUUGGGAAGCUGAUUUGGCAGUCUAAUUUAGACUUCCUAAGACCCAGAUGUUCAAGUGUGAAGUUGGAACAAUCAGUAUCCCUCGACUGAUUAGUGCUUUUUUGUAAUUAUUCCUGACCGAUUGUGACCAUUUUUUUACCUUGUUUAUACAUUUAAUCAGCUAAAGUGGAUUUUGUUCAAUAAUGGGGUUUCUCAUUUAAAAAUAGUAUGUACUUUUAUAGUACUAAUUACUUCAUUUAGGGAUCUUAUGUAGCCAGAGUCCAAAAGAAAUUUAGCCUGCUGACCUUAUACCUCAAAUUUCGUUUGCAUAUGCUCCUCCUAAGAGUUCAAAAGAAACAUGGAUACAAACAGUCAGAGUCAGAACAGUCUCUGCAAGAACUGUAAGCGGCCUGGCCAUUUUGCUCGGGAAUGCCCUAAUGUUGCCAUAUGUCACAAUUGUGGUCUCCCAGGGCAUAUUGCCUCAGAGUGUACCACAAAAUCUCUUUGUUGGAAUUGCCGAGAACCAGGCCAUAUGGCUGGAAACUGUCCAAAUGAAGGAAUCUGCCACACCUGUGGAAAGGCAGGGCAUCGUGCUAGAGACUGCACAGCUCCUCCACUUCCUCCUGGUGACCUGAAGCUGUGCAAUAACUGCUUCAAGCAAGGCCACAUUGCAGUCGACUGCACCAAUGACAAGGCGUGCAAAAACUGUAGGAAAACUGGUCACCUGGCACGUGAUUGUCAGAAUGAUCCCGUGUGCAAUUUAUGCAAUAUAUCAGGUCAUCUAGCUAGAGAGUGCCCCAAGGCCAGUGCUCUUGAUGAGAGGGGUGGUGGAUUUCGUCCUAUGGGUGGAGGUGGAGGAUAUCGGGACAUUGUAUGUCGAAACUGCCAGCAAGUAGGCCAUGUGAGCCGAGAUUGCAUGGCAUUGAUGAUCUGUCACAACUGCGGGGGAAGAGGACACCAAGCAUAUGAGUGCCCCUCUGGAAGGUUUAUGGACCGUUUUCCCAGGAGGUACUGACAGAUGAAAGCUAUGCCAUAUCAAUAGGGUGACUAUUGAUGACAUCCUGUUCUGUUACCUCCUUGAAUUGGAAUUGACAUUUUUUUUCUAGAAAAUAUCUUAUUUUGGAUUUGGUGGCUUUAAUGUGCGUCUUUACAUCUUUUGAACGGAUAUGAUGAGACUAAUAUUAUGAACAUGGAUUAGUGUGACCAUUGUGAGGUAUUUGCAUUUUAUUUGGUGAUUCUGCUAGCUGAUUUGAAGGUUGA